AUGGCGGGGCCUCCGGCAUCUCUGUCGGCGCGGGACGUAGGAUCAUUUGCGUAUCUUACAGUUAAAGACAGAUCACCCCAGAUCUUAACCAAAGCUAUUGAUACAUUGCAUCGACAUAAAAGUGAAUUUUUUGAGAAACAUGGAGAGAAAGGCCUAGAAGCUGAAAAGAAAGCAAUUUCUCUUCUUUCUAAAUUACGGAACGAAUUGCAAACAGAUAAGCCGAUUGUUCCUUUGGUUGAAAAGUUUGUUGAUACUGACAUAUGGAAUCAGUACCUAGAAUAUCAACAGAGUCUUUUAAAUGAAAGUGAUGGGAAACCAAGGUGGUUUCUCUCACCAUGGCUAUUUGUAGAAUGCUACAUGUAUCGUAGAAUUCAUGAAGCAAUUAUCCAAAGUCCACCAAUCGAUGACUUUGAUAUAUUUAAAGAAUUGAAAGACCAAAAUUUCUUUGAAUCUCAGGAAUCUGUCAUUGCCUUAUGUACUCACCUGCAAGAGUUGAGGAAAACUAUUGAAGACCUAGAUGAAAAUCAACUGAAAAAUGAAUUUUUAAAAAUUCUUCAGAUUUCACUGUGGGGAAAUAAGUGUGAUCUGUCUCUAUCAGGUGGGGAACGUAUUUCUCAGAAGACCAAUAUAAUGAAUUCAUUAGAAGACCUAAAACCUUUCAUUUUAGUGAACGACAUGGAUCGUCUUUGGUCAUUGCUAAGCAAUUACAAGAAAACAAGACAAAAAGAAUCUGUUACUCGAGUGGAUAUUGUUCUGGAUAAUUCUGGGUUUGAACUUAUUACAGACUUAGUAUUAGCUGAAUUCUUGUUGUCCUCUAAACUGGCUACUAAGAUCCAUUUUUAUGGGAAAACGAUUCCAUGGUUUGUUUCUGAUACUACUCUACAUGAUUUUAAUUGGAUAAUCAAACAACUAAAGCAUUCUAAUAAUAAGUGGGUGUCCCAGUGUGGGGUUGACUGGGAAGACCAUAUUAAAACGGGCAGAUGGGUUUACCUCGAUCAUAUAUUUUGGACUCUGCCUCAUGAUUUCAGUACCAUGUCUCAGGUCGCUCCUGACUUACAUGCUGCACUACAAAAGGCACAUUUAAUUUUCUUCAAGGGUGACUUGAAUUAUAGGAAGCUGACGGGUGACAGAAGAUGGGAGUUUACCAUUCCAUUUCAUGAGGCAUUGAGCGGCUUCCACCCUGCACCUCUGUGCAGCAUUAGAACAUUAAAGGCUGAGGUUCAGGUUGGUCUGCAGCCCGGGCAAGGUGAACAGCUCACAGCUUCUGAGCCCAACUGGCUGACCACUGGGAAAUAUGGAGUAUUUCAGUUUGAUGGUCCCCUCUGA